AUGAACGUUUCUGACAACCAGAAAAGAUGGAUAGUCUUCGGGAUUGCUCUAAACAAGGUUCUGGUCGCAAAAAUACGAGCGUUUGUUGAACAAGAGAUUCGGAAGGAGUAUGGAAAUCUUCAAACCAGCCAUAAUAUCCAUACUCAGAGCUAUAGAGGGCGACUCCAAAGGCACAUAGUUGCUUUAAAGUAUGAGAACAUAAAUGGAAACGACACAUUACCCAGGAAACCUGAUGGAAAGUAUGACUAUCCCAGGUUUGACUUCCAGGUGACGUCACAUAUUGACCUUGCCAAGCUGUAUGUGGAGAAUUACAUGGCCAAGUUCAACGCGUUCAACGAGCACUGUGAUGCAUCAGCCGUGCUCACGCUACUUGGUAAAGUUCCCGUGUUUCCUGCUGUUGUCCAGACUACAGCUGGUGAUGUAAGAAAGGCCAGAAAUGCCUGGGCGCACUGUGUGUUUAGUGAGUGGGACCUAGUAGGUUUUAAGCAAAGCUUUGCUGUCAUGAAUCAGCUGGUGAAAUCUCUGGGCCUGCCAAGUGCCCAUGAGACUGCAAUCUUAAGAGAGCUGAAUGAGUGGCAACACAAAGGUAACUUGUAUUACUCUUUAAAGUAUCCUUUGAUUUAAGACAUUGCCUUACGGUUGACCAGGUGGAAGUGUGUACUGCUGAUUGCAAUCUAACAGGAGAGAAUACCAAACAAGAAUAAAGAAGAAUUUACACGGAUUGUAGGAAUUUCAUAGGUUUAUUUAAUUUAAUCAGCGAGAAUCUUCGCAGUGUAUUUUCUUUAAUCGCUCUAAUCACUUCCUGCAUAACAUUGACAAAACAGAAGGCAGCUAUUUUGAAUUUUAGUGCCUCUGCUAUAAUCACCUCGUGACAGCUAGGUAAUCAUACUGUAACUCACCAUUAAAAUAAGCGAGUAGCACUUACUAGUUUUUGUAUAAAUGGCGUGAUGAAUAAACUAGUUUUUGAGAACAGCAUGUUCACCGAUGACGAAAGCUAUGAAAUAAGCAUUCGUGCGUGGGUUUGCAUUCAGAACGCGACAACUUGUUGCAAACGGCGCCUUAGCUGAUUCUACAGAUUUACAGUACACUGAGAAUAGAUUUAUUUUGAACAAAUUCCCAAGCGACGGAUGUUUCUACAAACGAAGGGAGAAAUAGCUACUUUGAUAAAAGAAUUCCGUUGGAAAAUGAUAAAUCAUUUAUAUAUUCCGAUUACGAAGUCGCAUUGGUAAUAGAACUUUGCGAAGGUCGGUUCGAACGGCGACUGCAACGAACAAGUUUGCUUGUCGUUGGUAGCCGUGUAGUAUUUUAGUGCUCUUGAAUUGUAGCCUAUUCUUUAAACAAUAAACCGCCAACAGUAGUAAAACAAAAGGACUACCUCAUACAUACUAAUGAGGUUGAUGUCUCAAAGUCGUGCGCGCACGACUUUUUGACGCGCACGAUUUUUUUAUUCGCAAUUGCAUGCGAGUUUUGGCGCGUUUAAUUCGCGUUUUUCGGUUAACGUAUACGUGAGCGGUACUGUACCUUUAAAAGUAUCCUUUGAUUUAACACAUUGCCUUACGAUUGACUAGGUGGAAAUGUUUACUGCUGAUUGCUUCCCGACUCCCUUGAGAAGCAAUGCAGACACAUUCAGAGAGCUCUUUGAGAAGGCAUACUACGGGUUAAAGUAGUUAUGUUGUGAUAUUUGAGCUACUUUUUUGGUCAGGUCGCCAAAAAUUGUCGCCAAUUCGAAGGAAAAUUUAAAGGUAAUUGGUUUCUUGGGUCGGAAAAAAAAUCUUACAGAAACUCAAACACGAAGAGUUAACGAUGUGGUGAUUUACAUGGAUUGCAAGUAACUUGCUUGCAAAGCUUAAGUUGUAUCUCACGAGAAGCAUCAGCUGUGACCUAUCUCAUUUCCGUAUGGUUUUUUUUCACACAGGUGCCAUACUGUGCAUGAACGCUACUGUCGACCCUGAUCUGGUAAAGGCUGUUCAACAAGAUUUCGUUGCUCUCAAGAACGAUUUUGAUAAACUUGCAUUUGAAAAAGAGGAAGAAAGACAGCAAUUGCAGACUGCACUUCUGUGUAUUAUUACAGCUGUAGAGAAACUGGACAGAAGAGUUUCCAAAAUAGAGGAAGAUCAACAACUCAUGGAGGACGAUCAACGCUCCCUGACUGCGCAAGUCUUUCAGCUUGGAGAAACUCUGGACACAAGACUUUCGUUGGUGGAGCAAGAACAAAUAAUCAUCAAAGAGAACCAGAAUAUACUUUGUGAAAGAUUUGACACCACACAAGACCAGAUAAGUAAACUGCAGUCAGAUCAAGAAGACAUGGAACGACACAUCACUUAUUUGGGAGAUCAGAACUCAAGAAAAACCCAAAUUAGCAAUGGUAAUGCGAGCUUUUCAUUUUAUCUUAGUUUAUCUGAGAACACCCACUCGCUAAAUGUUUCAAAAUUCAUAACUAGAGCAAAUUUACCUUCGUAACUGAUCUUUAAGUUGAGAUCUCCUUAAGUGCAUUCAUACUUUUUCUGCUUCGCAUUAGAACCACAAGGUGUGCUAAUGAGUUACGUUUUCUAUGCUUAAGACUCUUCCAAAGAUUCCAUUAUGGAACUUUGCAACUUAAAAGCAUCUCGAUGUGGAAAAGAUUGUCAAAAUUAACAAUAUGUACAUAGACAGUCGUUCAAUGUAAUUUGGGUGAACUUAAGCCUGAACAUGUCUUCCGUUUUGAUGUUUCAGAGAUUGCCAGUUGUGAAGCAGACAUUAAAUUUUUUGCUGAGCGUCAUCAUCCAGAUACUAGAAAAUGGUUUUUGAACGAUUUUCACAGAUGGUUUGAGAAUCCUGGAGGGUCCAGAGCGUAUGUACUUCUUGGCGAUGCGGGAGUCGGCAAGAGUGUGAUGGCCGGUGUUCUGGCACAGAAAUCAAGAACGACUGGAAACUUAGCGUCUGCCUAUUUCUGCCGCCAUAAUGAUGGCACAAGAAACAAUCCCAGGUAUCUUCUAGGGACCAUUGCCUGUCAACUUUGCAAAUGUAAUGCUCGGUACAGUAACUUUGUGGGGGGGGAGGGUGGCAUUAGAAGUUGUUUGGGCAAUUCUGAAAUGGGUAUUCAGGAAUUGUUUACAAAAUUGUUACAAGAGCCAUUAGCCAAAUGCAGUGCCUCUUGCAAGAGAAUGUUGAUCGUUAUUGACGCUCUUGAUGAGACGAAAUAUGAGUCCAGGGAUGAUUUUCUCGAUCUCAUAAUGCACCGUUUUCCCUUGCUUCCACAAUGGCUUGUUUUCUUUAUUACCAGUCGUCCUGAGGACACUGUGCAAGUAAGAUUAAAGGAGUACAAUCCCUGCAUUAAAAUCUGUGCGGGGAACAGCGAAAACCUUAAGUUUUAUCAACAGCACGAACUGGACAUCAGACUAUACUUAGAGAAAAGCGUCGACUUCUCUUGUCUACCCUUUUCGGCGGAAGACGUAGCGACGAAGUGCAACGGAUUAUUUUUGUUCGCUUACUACAUUGAGAGAGUUCUCAAGGAUCAACUCUAUUCAGGUAAGAUAAGUCAGCUCACUGAUCUUUUCCCAGGAGAUAUUGGGGAGUUUUUUCGGCAUAAUUUCACGAGAAUUUUUCGCAAAGUAGGCGCAGAUUUGUACAAGAAGUUGUUUGGUUGUGCUAUAGCCGCUCCCUCGCCCCUUCCUGUCUCGUUUAUCUCGUACAUUUUACAAAAAGAAAAUUCUGAUCUCGAUGAGCAAGAAGUAAUUGAUGCCUUUUCGACAUUUUUGGUUGUAAGGACUUCCGAUCAGACUUUCGCCUUUUUACACAGUUUGAUCCCUUCGUGGUUGACUGACAAGAAGAAAGCCUUAGCGAGGCUAUCUGUUGAUAGGAAUAAGGGAGGUAGGUACUUCAGGGAUAUCAUCUCUGAAGUUCUCUCAGACGCUAUUGCGAAUCAACAGGGGGAAUGUCCUUCUUCCAUGGAAAGAGAUGUACUUGAGUACUGUGAUCAAAUCGGCGUCCGUCUUUUGUGUGAUUAUGGCGACAGUGAUUCUCUGAAGGUCGUUUUCAGGUACUUGGCAAAUUACCAAGUUAUUGCGAGGAGAUUAAAAACGAAGGGCAUCGAGAUAUAUUCUAUCAUUGGCGAUGUGAAGCUUGCAAUUUGCUGUGACGAAAUUAGUGACAGAGAGAAGGAAAUUCUUCGAGAGAUAUGCAUAUUCCUUGAAAAUAACGUAGACGUUCUCCUACGAAGUCCGCAACUUCUACAUUGCUGCUUACAAGAAUCUUCUAAAACUGUCAAAGAAAACCUUGUUUUUCCAGACAGUAGAGGGGCUACUAAGGUAGAUCACCGUUUGCUUUCUUUUUGUGGACUUGAAAUCCUGUCAGAAUUUGACUGCUUUUCUUUGUCACCUAAUAAGAAGUUGAUGGCUAGAGCAAGAAAGGGUUUCCUUUCCUUAUUUGAUACGUCUACGUUCGAGGAAGUUCAAGGCCCUACUACUGUAACAGGAAUAGUAGAUGAUAUUCAUCAUUUAAAGUUUUCGCCAGACGGUAAGUUUAUAUUUUUUGGAAGGCUUGACAAAUGGUUCUCCUUGGAGGAAGGUUGUGUUAAGGAGUUUUCCCAGUUUAAUGCUCAAAAGCAAAUUUGCUAUAAAUGGAGUUAUUUCCUUAACGGUUCCAGGUAUAUUGCUGUGCAAGCAGGUCACCCUCCAACCGGAGCUCAUUCUAGAACCUGCCUGAUGAACAUAUUUUGUUUGUGGGCCAUCUAUGAGCUCAAACGUAAGCAUUGGUUACGUAAACGUUCAGUUCUUUUUUCUGGCUGGCGUGAGACAUGCAAUUUCCAAUUUUUAUAUAGGUUUGAACUUUUACGUAAUUUUCUUCAGUUUUUGGAACCCAAAUUGCACAAUUUGAUAGAAUUCGUAAUUGAAACAGUCAUGAAAUCUAAAGAAUGUCAUAAAUCUCGCCUCUGCCAAAACUGCCUUAAAUUCGAGGAACAGAAUGAGAAAGAAAACCUUAAAAUUGUUCGUCAGCGUGUCCUCGACCUUUACCAGGAGAUGUUCGAGGUCCAGGUUUGGGAUGUAACAAGAGGAAUAUCUUUUCUGGAGAAAGCGUUUCUCGAGAACAGGGUACAGCUGACCCCAAUGUUCUUCUUGUACCACUUGAGCGCUGCCGUAGAGAAGGAAGGCAUAUUUUUAUGCAAAGAAAACGAGAAAUUGUCUUGUCAUUCCAUUGCUCAAGCCACAUUAGUGGGGUCGCAAGUUCCCACUACUGAACUAGAGUGGCUUGCAUAUGAGGUUGAUAAAGAAACUCCGUCUAGCUUAUAUUCGAAAAGGAAACUUGAAGUACUUGACAGAUAUUUUUUAUUAGACCACUAUCUCCUAGACAACGGAGCAGUGGAGCUCGAGAAUCAUAUCGUCGAGAAAUGGAAAUCGUUAGAUCGGAAGAGAGAGUUUGCUUCUAAAAACGUCGAACACUGCGUCUUUUUGGAAGACAGUAACGCUCUUCUCUAUUACACCCGUGCACAAUCGCUACAGAUCGAGUAUCUUGAAAGUGACAUUGUGCUGACGAGCGUCACCGGACACAGCCCAUUCUUCCACCCAUCUACAAAACAAAUUGUAUAUUGGUUUGUUGAGCAACAUGGUGAAACAAUCAAUUUCCUGAGAGAUGCUCCAAAGGAUCUGAUACAGUUCCUUUUGCUUCUAACUACCGAGGGAGUUUUUAAUGGUACAUUCAUUUCAGCUGCCACUGUUUUUUCCCUCUCACCUAAGUUUUGUGAAACAGUUGGUAAAGAGGACGUUGUUCCUUUUGUCCCUGUAAAGAGUGUUGUAUUUUCUCAAAGUGGCGGUCUAAUUGCCUGUCAUCUGGGACCUAAACUUUACAUCUGUAAUAUUUUUGAUGAUGCGUUCCCUCAUUUAUUGUGUGAAGACCAGUGUGAAUGCGAUAGUUGUCAUUUAACAUUUUCACCUGACAGCACUUUACUUCUUCAUUGUAUCCAAAACAGCAAUGAUAUUCCACGCUUCCAGGUGUGGAAUGUUCAUAGCAGGGCUCUUAUGGUGACAUUCGACUUUCCAGCUGUCGAAUCACUGAUUUCACCUUUAGAUUGCUUUUGUCUGUCAUCAGACAACACGAAAUUAAUCGUAUGUGGGGGAUUAAUUAUUGAAAUCUGGGAAUAUGGUGCAUCAGCUUGUCGCCUAAUAGUUAGGAUAGGAAACCACGUGUUUAUCUCAAACUAUGGCGAGUUCACCUACUGUACAGUUUCGUCAGAAACUAAUUUGUUAGCCUGUUGCAUUACAGACAGAAUUGCCCUUUGCCCGAUGAAUACACCUACAGAUCAGUCUGUUCUGUUACUACCUCCUGCCCACUUAGGGAAAAUCGAAUUAUGUCAGUUUGUGAAAGGAGGUCGUUACCUGAUUUCUUAUGGUGUUGAUGGCAACGUGUUCCUGUGGGACUUGAACAGGUGUGAAGCUAUUGCAUUUGCGAAAUUGUGUCAAGGAAGGGAAAGUAUCGAAAGGCUGUGUGGAUCUUGUGAGGGAGACAAAUUCUUCUUCUUGACUUCUUCGGGUCGAUUCGGUGUAUUAACCCUUUGCGGACUGGAGCACUCGAUAUUGCUAAAAUUGCCAACGCUAAAAGUGCAAAGCGAGGAAAUGAUGUUAGAGGAAAGUUGUGGGCAACAAAGGGAACUACGUGGACCAAAAGUUCUAACUCAUGCCACUGACGACCUGAAUGUUGUUGAAUUACUAGAAGAAAUGAACUUAAUGUUUGAAGGUAACAGUGAAAGCAGUGAUGAUUGUGAUGACAUGGAAAUGCUUGGUUGA